AUGCUCGGGCUCGUUCUGAGCGCGCAGCCCUUCAACCAGGAUAAUCGAGAGCUGGAGCGAACCCUCGACAACGCCGUGCCGCAAGCAGCCACGGCGGUGGAGGCUAUCAACAAGAGCAGCGGCUCUAAGGUGGUACUGGAUGAACUACUCGUCCAUGGAAUUGGCAAGGAAUCAGACAUUGACGAGCCUAUGCUGCCGGAUCCCGAUUUCAAGAUACUCGAUCGGCCAUCGACUUCACGAGAACGCAUGGAUAUGAAGGACCAUACAGUUCCUGCACAUACCAAAUUAUUUGGUGUGCUACAUUUUGCCAUGACUGCGGAAAUUGUGAUAUGA